AGCUUUUUGAAGUUGUCGCUGUUAUAAAUAGGAAAACUAAACUAUAUGCAGCAUUAUUCUGUUAGCGAGAGAACGAGUCAUAUCAACGCGCUCCAAUUGUAUUCAUCACGACAUAACAGCUGACUGGCACUGGUUAACUCACAAGCUACCGCAGAAUUAUUUACGUCAACAUUACACAGGUGAUCAAGUGAUUGAAAAAGACAUUAGAUGUCAAUGAAAGCAGUUGGGAUUUGACUCUAAAGAUAACAAGAAGCUUUACAUGUAGUGUUGACAAUGAAUUACAUUGCCAACUUUCAAUGGUAACAUAUUCAUGAAAGGAGCGACCACUAAACCAUAGCAUAAACAUUCUAAGCUAACAUUGAUUAUGAUUUGAAUCAAUCAACGAAAAAUUUCGAUCAUUGAUCUUUUGUCCACACAACCACGGCUGUCUGCUCCUGGCUAUGCAUAGUGACUUAAAUAACGCACGCUCAUCAGUCAACGCUAGCAGUUAAAAGCGAGAACAUUGAUUGUCACCGAUUGAGAGUUUUUGCCCUUCGGUAAAAUAGAAUGCAACAAUGGCUAAAAAUAUCACUGCUGGUUUGUACGUUCGGCUUUCUAAAAGAAAUCCGCCCUAGCGAACCGUUCAUCGUGGACUAUUUGGCCGGACCAUGGCGCAACCUCACAAUGAAUCAGGUGGUACAGGAGGCGUUCCCGAUUGGUACGUACUCGUACCUAACACAGCUAGUUGUAAUCUUUCUGGUUACAGAUUUCUUGCGAUAUAAACCGUUAAUAAUAGUCAAUGGACUUGCUGGUGUCGUUGUUUGGAGUAUGUUAAUAUGGACUGUGUCACUGCAAGGAUUGAAGAUCCUCGAAGUGUUUUAUGGCACAUAUUGUGCUGCGGAAAUAGCAUAUUAUAGUUACAUUUAUGCGAAAGUCGAUAGGGAACAUUACCAGAAAGUAACUUCACACACCCGAGCUGCAAUCUACAGUGGAAGAUUUUUUGCCGGAGUUCUGUCGCAAAUCUUGCUGUACACCGAGGCAAUGGAUUUGAAACAGUUGAACUAUCUCUCACUGGCUGCACAGAUUUGCGCUACGAUCUGGGCACUGUUUCUACCACCGGUGUCAACCAGCAUGUACUUUCACCGGGCUGCGGUCCAAGCAGGUAGAAUUAACACUUUCCUAGAGGAAAAUACCCAGAAGGACGACAACAGUGACGAACAGAACCACCUCGAGAAACAGGCAACAUUCAAGAGAAAAGUAAUAUCAGCAUUUAUUUUAAUCUGGAUCCACUUUAAAUCAGCGUACACAAACUUGACCGUACUUCAGUGGAGCAUUUGGUAUGCGCUUGCGAUGGCCGGCUUUAUACAGGUGACUGGCUAUGUACAAGCAUUGUGGAGUGAGGUCGAUCCCGAACAGCCCGCUGUUUGGAAUGGCGCUGUAGAAGCAACGGUAACACUACUAGGAGCGGUUGUAUCACUACUAGCCGGCUACAUCCACACCUGGUUUCUGAAGCCCAGGAGUAGCCUCUUAGCCUUAUCACUGCUAUCACUUAUGCAGGGGGGCCUCAUUAUGGUUGCCACAACCGCCAGCAAUCUCACGCUUUCGUAUGUCGGAUACAUUGGCUUUGGUGUGUUGUAUGCUUUCACAAUUACAGUGGUCAGCGCUGAAAUUGCCAAAAACAUAUCGGAUGACAGUUUCGGGUUGGUGUUUGGCUUCAAUACAUUGAUAGCUCUGUCGCUUCAAACCCUGCUUACGUUUGCAGUAACAGACGCCGCCGGAUGGUUUGCACUGGAUGUGGUUGGACAGUUCACCGUGUACAGCUUUUACUUUGUUGCGCUUAGUGUUAUCUAUUUGAUAUUCUUGAUUGUUGAGAUAGUAAAAUUUUAUAAGAGACGUACUUGAGGUUAACGUUUGUCGUGAACUGUUAAUUUAGUAAUAGAUAAGGCAGGGUACUUAGAAUUCAUUAGGAAACAACUGUAGUGGUAGUUUUACUUCAGUACAAAUAAAUUAGACUGAUAGUUUGCAUUAUGUCAA